AUGACGUCCCUCGACGGCGGCGCCAUCAAGCUCCGCGAGCUGAACGGGGUGAAGGUGUACGAGGUGAGCGCGGCGCGCGCGGCGCCGGAGUGGGCCAAGCUCGAGAAAUCGACGCGCAAGCUGCGGAAGAACGUCGAGUAUCAGCGGCGGAUCGAGCUGGUGCAGGACUUGAACUUUCCGGCGUCGUCGGGGCGGUGUAAGGUGACGGCGGACGGGCGGUACGCGAUCGUGAGCGGGCUGCACCCGCCGCAGGUGAAGUGCUACGAUUUGAGCCAGCUGAGCGCGAAGUGGUCGCGCGGGCUGGACGCGGAGGUGGUGGAUUUUCAAUGCCUGAGCGAUGAUUACUCGAAGUUGGCGUUUUUGUGCGCGGAUAGGUCGAUUCGGUUUCACGCAAAGUUUGGGGCGUAUUAUCAGACGCGAACGCCGAAGCAGGGACGGGAUUUGGCGUACUCGGAGAACACCGGGGACUUGUGCGUGGUCGGGAGCUCGAGCGAGGUGUGGCGGUUGAAUUUAGAGCAAGGGCGGUUCUUACAGCCGUUAGAGAGCGCGUGCGAGGAGUUGAAUGUGUGUGGAAUAUCACCGACGCACGGAUUGUUCGCCGCGGGAUCGGGGGAUGGAGAGUUGGAGUGUUUUGAUUUGCGCGCGAGAAAGUCGUGCGCGACGAUGCGGGUGUGCGACCAGCGAGACGAGGGCGGCGUGACUUCGCUGCGAUUCGACCCGAAUGGGUUGCAAAUCGCCGUCGGUAGCGAGGGUGGAUACAUCAGGCUGUAUGAUUUGCGAAGCUCGCGACCGCUCAGGGUGAAGGAUCACAUGAACGGAUUUCCAAUUAUUGAUUUGAAGUAUCACACGUCGGUGGAUGGCACGCGACGCGUGGUGUCGACGGAUAAGAAAAUCGUCAAAGUUUGGGACGAACGCACGGGCACGCCGUACACCUCGAUCGAGCCCGGAUACGAAAUCAAUGAUUUGUGCAUGUGGGACAAAACUGGGCUGAUGAUGAUGACACAGGAGCACACGCAGAUGAGCGUAUAUUUCACGCCGGCGCUCGGCGCGGCGCCGAAGUGGUGCUCGUUCCUCGAAAAUCUCACGGAAGAAAUGGAAGAGCAACAGCAAGAGACCUUGUACGACGAUUACAGAUUCGUCACAAAGGAGGAGUUAGACAAGCUCCAUCUCUCGCACUUGAUCGGGACCAAGAUGCUCAGGGCGUACAUGCACGGUUACUUCAUGGACAAUCGCCUGUACGGCAAGGCAAAGGCGAUCGCUGAGCCAUUCUCUUACGAAGACUUCAAGAAGAAGAAAAUCAAGGAGAAGCUCGAGGAGGAGCGUACGAGCAGAAUUACGGUCAAAAAGAAGGCGCCAAAGGUCAACGCCAUGCUCGCCGCGCGCAUCGGUACCGCCGAAAGGGAGGAUGUCGAAGGCGUGGACGAGGACGGCGACGACGUCGGCGUCGUCGCGCCUGGCGGAAGCUUGCUCGAUGACGACCGUUUUGCGGCGAUGUUCAAGGAUGAGCAAUUCGAAAUCAAUGAAGACGACGAAGCGUUCAAGGCGCUGCACCCUAACGCGCCAAAACUCAAGAAAAAUGAGCGCAAGGAGAUAUUGGAGGAUCAUUUCGAGUUGGUGAGCGACGACGAAGGAGACGCAGACGGCGGAGACGAAGUCGACGACGACGACGCCAACGAACCGAAGAUGUACGCCGCGAAAGACGAGUUCCACGCCAACGCGUUCAAAGACGGUCGCGCCACCAAGGCUGACUUGCCUUUGCAAGAGCGCGCCAAGCUCGAGCGCGCUCAGGAAAAGACCAAACGCGCUCGCGUCACGGGUAAUCGAGAAGCCUUCUUCGACGCUUCCGCGCCGAAGAGCGAGUCCAUGAAGCGUCUCGGUAAAGCUCGGACGGCAGAUGAAUACGGUGUUGACGAAGGUUUACGCGCCGAGGGCGCGUGGAAGGAACAAGUGUCGGGGCACGCGCGAGGCAAGCGCCGCGGCAUGGACGGCGUACUCGGCAAGAUGGACAAGGCAAAUAAAGGCGGGCCGCCACGGCGAGGUAAGGGCAAAAAGUAG